UCUUCUUCUUCUUCUCCUCUCAGUUUGUUGGCGGUGUGAACUCCUCGUCCGUCCAUCCCAUCAUCUGUCGCCCAGGUUGCUACAGAGAUGCCAGGGACUCUCCCGAGGUUUCCCAGCAUGCCCCGAGGCAUCAACCCUCCCAGUUUACCCAGAGGCCUCACCAUGCCCACUCUACCCAGCUUGUCCAGUUUACCCAGCAUGCCCCGGGGCAUCACAAUGCCCAACCUGCCCAGGGGGAUGUCACUGCCGAGGGUCGUGGCCAUGUCCACCGUGUCCCGAGCUCCUCGGAGGCUGCUGCAGGACUGCUGCUCUGUGCUGGACCACCAGACACCCGGAGGUCUGUGCGGUUGCUGCUGGGCGUUGCGUCCUCGCUACAAGCGGCUCGUUGAUAAUAUUUUCCCAGAAGACCCUGAGGAUGGCUUGGUGAAAGCUAACAUGGAGAAGCUGACGUUCUUUGCUCUGUCAGCUCCGGAGAAACUCGACCGGAUUGCUGCAUACCUGUCAGAGCGGCUGACUCGAGAGCUGAACCGCCACCGCUACGGGUAUGUGUGUAUUGCGAUGGAGGCGAUGGAGCAGCUGUUGCUGGCCUGCCACUGUCAGAGCAUCAACCUGCUGGUGGAGAGUUUCCUCAGCACGCUGCGUCUGCUGCUGGAGGCCGACAGGCCACACCUCCACAUCCUCGCCACCAGCGCCUUUGUGAAGUUUGCAAACAUCGAGGAGGACACGCCGUCGUACCAUCGUAGCUACGACUUCUUCGUGUCCCGCUUCAGCCAGAUGUGUCACUCUGAACACGAAGACAUUGACACGCAGAACAAGAUCCGUGUGUCGGGGAUCCGUGGUCUUCAGGGCGUGGUCAGGAAGACGGUGGACGAUGAGCUGCAAGUAAACAUCUGGGAACCUCGUCACAUGGAGCAGAUCGUCCCAGCUCUGCUGGUCAACCUGCAGCAGCGCACACACACUGACAGGUACACAAAAUUCUUUUGUUUUGAGUCUCCAGCAGAGCAGACUGAGGUGUGUUUCAGGGAGCUGUUGGGACGAGCUGCUUACGGACACAUUACCAACGCUAUCAGACCUGUGCUGAUGCACCUGGACACUCACAGUCUGUGGGAAGGACGGGUCUUUGCUGUCCAGUGUUUUCAGAUCAUCAUGUACUCCAUCCAGUCCCAGCACUCCCACCUGGUCAUCCAGCAGCUGUUGGGUCACCUGGACGCCAACAGCCGGAGUCCAGCUUCAGUCCGAGCCGGGAUCGUGGAGGUUCUGUCUGAAGCUGCUGUGAUAGAAGCUACGGGAUCUGUGGGUCCCACAGUACUGGAAGUAUUCAACACAUUACUGCGACAGCUCCGGCAGAGUGUCGACUACCAGCUGACUGGAUACUAUGACAACGCUGGAAAACACAAAACCACCUCACCUGAAGAGAAAACACUGCAGGACGCUGUCAUUAAAACUAUUGGAUCCUUCGCCAACAGGCUUCCUGUCUACCAGAGGUCAGAGGUCAUGCUGUUCAUCAUGGGGAAGAUCCCUGUUCCUGGUAUCUACCCCGCUUUGGGGUCACCCAACGCAGGGUUUGAAGGCAGCAGGAUGAUCCAGGUGAUGCUGCUCAAGUCUCUCCUUCAGGUAUCUGAGCGUUAUGAAAGCACUAACCUGUUGACGGCGUUGCCCUCGUCUUUCUUGGAGCCUCUGCUGUCCUUCACACUAAUGGAGGAUCCAGAGAUCCGUCUGCUGGUCCUCUCCAUCCUCACCUCGCUCAUCGAUAGACACCACAACACCGCCAGACUCACUGCUGCCAGUGUGACGUUUGACGUCUCCGCAUUGGAGCUGAAAGAGGACAGAUGCUCUCGACAGGACAACUUGUUCAUUAGGAAGCACGCUCAGCGUCUCUACAGGCAUGUCUAUCUCACCUGUAAGGAGGAGAGCAGUGGGCGGGGCCACUACCUGGCCCUCUUCACCCUAUUGGCUGUCAUCAGUCUGGAGCUGGCCAAUGAGGAGGUGGUGGUGGAUCUCAUCCGACUGGUUCUCGCUCUGCAGGAGCUGGCGUUGUCCAAUCAGGAGUGUCUGUCUGUGUUUAACCGAUGUGGUGUUCAAGCCGUCUGCGCCGCCUUCCUCCACCUGUUGUCCCAGCUUGGUCCACCACCACCUUUCCACCAACACGUCACACAGGUGAUAGAGAGUCGUCAUGGCAACGCUCCACACCUGCUGCCUGAAGAGGUUUUCUGUGACAAACCGAGACUGCCAGAAGGUGAGCUGAAGGUGGACGAAGCCUUUUUGUUCAUCCAGUCAAAGAUCUGCGAGGCUCUGACAGGGAGCAGCUACAGCGCACACACUGAGCGCUUCAACACGCCUUACACACCUCAGAUAACAGAUGAAGACCGUCUGUCGAAGAGGAAGAGUAUCGGAGACGUCAUCUCUCUGCAGAUCGACAUGGACCCAGAGUACUGUCCUGAUACAGAGCAGAAACCUCAGACGGAGCAGAUCACCUUUGAGACACUGAAGAACGCCAUAGAAGACAGAGGGAGCGUGGAGGAGGAGGAGCGGAGGAGAAGGAUGCAGCUGGUGGAGCGCUUUCAGACGGCGCCGUUUGAAGAAAUCGCUGCUCACUGCGGUGCCCGGACGUCUCUGCUUCAGUCCAGACUGGAGCGAGUGUUGGACGUGAUCAUCCGUCCUCCUCCGUCUCCGUCCGGCGUGUCUCCGCCUCGCUCCACGCCGCUCUACGAGAUGAAGUUUCCCGACCUGUGUGUCUAUUAAAAAUUCAGCUGUAACCUUAAAGCACUUCCCUUAAUAAUGUGAUGAUUCCCCACAAAGAGGUAGGAGUGGAGAUUAUUCAGGUUAGUCGUAUUAUUAUUCAUAAAAUAUGUAACAUGAAUCAUGUGUCGUCCCUUAAAAGUUCAUUUCAUUUUUGGAUUUUAAUGACACAUUAAAUGACACGUUGUUCACAAGUGUUUUCUGUUUUAAAUAUCUGUUUCACAGCAAAAAAUAAUAAAAUAUUUAACUUAAAAUAACAUU